AAACGCCCUCACUCACUCAUUCCUCUCUCUCUCCCCAAACGCGUAUUUCUUUUCUUCUUUCCAUUCAGCGUUUCGACUCUGCUAAACACCGAACGAGUUCGAUCAAACCCCAAACCCUAGACAAGCGUUGAUCAGAUGGCCUCGAAACGCAUCAACAAGGAAUUGAAGGACCUGCAGAAAGAUCCUCCUGCAUCUUGCAGUGCUGGCCCAGUCGCUGAUGACAUGUUCCAUUGGCAAGCUACGAUUAUGGGCCCUGCUGAUAGCCCAUUUGCUGGAGGUGUGUUUCUUGUGUCAAUUCACUUCCCUCCAGAUUAUCCUUUCAAACCACCCAAGGUUUCAUUCCGUACAAAGGUUUUCCAUCCUAAUAUCAACAGUAAUGGUAGUAUCUGCCUUGACAUCCUCAAAGAGCAAUGGAGCCCUGCCCUCACAAUAUCCAAGGUCCUCCUGUCUAUAUGCUCUCUGCUGACAGAUCCCAACCCAGAUGAUCCUCUGGUCCCAGAGAUUGCUCAUAUGUACAAGACUGACAGAGCCAAGUACGAGGCUACUGCUCGGUCAUGGACUCAGAAAUAUGCAAUGGGCUAGGGUAACUAGUUGAUGUUCAAGAUGUUUUGCAUAUUCUCUACCAUAGUAGUAAAUAAAUAAUGUCGAAUUGAUCUAAACAAAUAUGAAACUCUGCUCUCCUUUCUGUCACUUUGAACUGUAAUAUUGGAGAAGCAGUUUCGUACUAUAUGAAGUUUAUGGCGGAAGUCGCUGUAUGUUCUUACAUCUAUUUUGCAUGGUUUCCAUUGAAUUCUCUUCAAAUGAAUAUCCGUGUGAAUCU